CGUUGCCAAUUCCGGGAGCCAUCCUGCUCUGCUGUUUUUCCCCUGCGACCGCCGACCAGCUGCUGUUCCUUUACGCUACACCAGCUACUGCUUCAGUUCCUGCUCCGCCCCGACCAGCUACUGCUCCGGUCUCCCGUCCUACCGCGACCAGCUCCAGCUGCUGCUUCCUGCUCCACCUCGACCAGCUGCUGCUGCUCCAGAGAGAAUAAACAAAUCGGCUCUGGGUAUUUCUCUAACUCCUCUCAGCACUCAAGUUUCGGCUUUGAAGAAGAUUCAAGUGUGUUUUACGUAGAGCAUUUGAAAUCGAAAGUGGUCGAGAUGGAGCUCACGAUAACUCGGCCUGAUGACUGGCACCUUCACCUCCGUGACGGGGACCUUCUUGCAGCUGUUGCCCCUCACAGUGCGGCUCAUUUUGGGAGGGCUAUAGUGAUGCCGAAUCUGAGACCUCCAAUCACCACCACUGCUGCUGCUGUUUCUUACCGUGAAUCGAUCAUGAAAGCACUUCCCACCAACACCAACUUUGAACCCCUCAUGACACUGUACCUGACCGACUCCACGAAACCUGACGAGAUCAAACUUGCAAGAAAAAGUGGUGCUGUUUUUGCUGUGAAGCUGUAUCCUGCCGGUGCCACUACUAAUUCCCAAGACGGUGUUACGGAUCUUUUUGGAAGAUGCCUUCCUGUGCUUGAGGAAAUGGCUGAACAGAGCAUGCCCUUGCUGGUCCAUGGGGAGGUUACAGAUUCUAACGUGGAUGUGUUUGACCGAGAGAAGGUCUUUAUCGAAACUGUUUUACAGCCUUUGGUCCAAAGGCUUCCGCAAUUAAAGAUUGUUAUGGAGCACAUCACUACUGCAGAUGCUGUGAAGUUUGUUGAGUCUUGCACAGAAGGAUCGGUAGCAGCUACAGUUACUCCACAACAUCUUCUUCUUAAUAGGAAUUCUCUCUUUCAAGGGGGGUUGCAGCCUCAUAACUACUGCCUUCCAGUACUUAAAAGAGAGAUUCACAGACAGGCCAUCGUAUCAGCGGUGACUAGUGGGAGUAAAAGAUUUUUCCUGGGAACUGAUAGUGCUCCUCAUGAAAGAAGAAGAAAGGAGUGUCCCUGUGGAUGUGCUGGCAUCUACAGUUCACCAGUUGCUUUGUCGCUCUAUGCUAAAGUUUUUGAAGAGGCUGGGGCACUUGACAAGCUGGAGACAUUUACUAGUUUCAAUGGACCAGACUUUUAUGGGCUUCCCAGGAGCAAGUCAAAAAUUACGUUGAGGAAGCGCCCGUGGGUGGUGCCUGAAUCAUUCACAUUUUCUUUUGGAGAGAUUGUUCCAAUGUUUGCUGGCAAGACUCUUGAAUGGGAACCUGUUACGAGCUAAAGCACUGUUCUAGCAGAUCAUCUGGGUACGUCUUAGAUCAGAUUCUGUUGCAAUACCAUCAUCUUAGAACCUGACCCUACUAAAUUUGCAAGUCCCCACAUAUUGCAAUUACUUUUAUCUGAAAAAUGAUCCAAAAUGGUUUCACAUCACCUGUUCCACUGCAUUUAUGAGUACGCACCCUGUAACCUACUAGAUUAUCAGUUUUGUUUCCCCGAAAAAAAGAAACCAAAUAAGGUUGUCAAAUGACUUUCUUUCGGUUCAAUUUCUCGAAGUCAAUGUAAAAAUAAAACCUGUGCCAAAUUGAGGAUGGCUACUCACAUAUUGGUCUUUGUGUGGAAGGAUAUACUUCUGUUACUAUGUACACAUUUUUGGACCUCUUUAUCUAAUGAUGAUGUUGACGUUCAUUUCCUAUA